AUGGCAAAUGGCCCCCGGGCCGGAACUGAGCCUGAGUCCGCCACGUUGGGGACCAAACCCCAGAGUUUCCCCUCUCUGAGUGCUCCGCUGGCCGCUAAGGACUGGUCUCAGGUCAGAGUUUACUCGGACAACAUAGGGACGCUGAGGAGAUCCUUCACCAAACUGGUGGAUGUGUGUCAGGCGCUCGAAAAGAAUCUGUCUGCAGAAGAAGGCAAGUCAAUAUGCAGUGGAUGUGACUUUGGAUCCAGUGACUGCCUCUGCUUGGGUGUGUUUGUCCGCAGAUGGGAAACAGGUGAGCCUCAGCAGCCAGCAGAAGAACCCCCCCCCCCUGACGAGCCUCGCAGAUUUGACUCCUGCGUCUCCGUUCUGGGGAAGCAAAGCUUCACCUCAGGGAGACGUUACUGGGUGGUCCAGGUCGGGGAUAAAUCAGACUGGGAUCUAGGUGUGGCAAGGGAGUCCAUCAACAGGAAGGGGGCGAUCACGGUUCGCCCUGACACCGGAUACUGGGCGAUUUGUCUUCGAAAAGGCAUCGAAUUCAAGGCCUGUGCCGGACCCUCCGUCGCCCUCCAUCUCCAGGAAAACCCCCAGAAAGUAGCCGUCUUCCUGGACUACGAGGAAGGGUCGGUGUCCUUCUACAACGCAGACGCAAAGACCCACAUUUACACUUUCACAGGUUGUCUUUUCACCGAGCCUCUCUACCCGUACUUAAACCCGUGUCUUCAUAACAACGGGAAGAACACCGCCCCGUUGAUCAUCUGUCCCGUUGAGGUGGGACCCCCUGCGGAGAUUUAUCUGGCCUUUUAGGGGUUAGUUAGUUAGUUAGUUAGAUCCAGCAUUUUAACAGGAGACUAAAGGCCCACUUGUUUUGGAGGGAAAAGUCCAUGAGAAUUUCCUUAUCCGCCGUGAGAAAGUUAAAGUUUGACUAACACUAUGCACUAGUAAAUAAGGCCUUUAAAGUGUUUUAGACGUAUUAUUGAUGUGCACAAUCAAAGCCAUCCACAUAUAACUCAUGGAUCUUCUGAUCCCAGAACAGCCAACUAAACAAAUCUGCCCUUUUGCCAAAACCACGUGAUGCCCUUAAACAGCCAGUAGGGGGCAAUUGCUCCAGUUGUAUAGAAGUCUAUGAGAAAAAUUACUCUACUUCUUACUUGAUUUAUUACCUCAGGAAACCUUAUCAUGAGUUUUUGUUCUGGAUUGCUAGUUUAGUGUCUUCUUCAAUACAGCAUGUUUAUUUUGUAAAUGAUAUUCCAAUGAGUAAUAAGCUUUUUGGUGGGGCCAACUUGUUUUCGACAGUUAUCCUAAUCAAUAUUGUCGGGUGUUGUCCAUGUUUUUCUCUUAGGAAUAACCCUUUUUUUUAAUGUUUUAUAAAAGUAAAAAAUGUAUUGCUACAACCAAUCUUUGGAGCACAUGUUGCUACCGUAAACAGGAUUUUGAUGUGAUUGUAAAUAUGUUCUGGUUUUGGGACACAGUUAUAUAACUUUUUUUUGUAGGAUGACAGACACUUUUGUUUUUAUUUUUCCAUAUGUAAAAAUAAUCCUGACUUUAUUUUUGUAAAUAUAUAUUUUUUAAUUCCCGAAAAUGAAACUGCUUCUCACAUCUUUCUACAAAAAUGUACGUGAUGAGGAACUUUUUUUUGCAUUUAUUAUUUAAGGAAAACAUGUUUUACCCUCAUAGAUUAGUGUGCUUAAUUGUUUCUUUUUGCCAACAUUUGUAAACACAAAUGAUCAGAACAUGUUUGUUUUUUAUGAGGGUGUACAAAGACUGUAAAUACUUUCAAAGUAAAUAAAUAAAAGUUG